CCCAGCGUCGGCAUCAUGUCCCUGUCGGCUGGGGGCCGGGGCCUGGGGGCCGCGUGGUCCCCGACGCACGUGCAGGUGACGGUGCUUCAGGCCCGGGGUCUGCGGGCCAAGGGCCCCGGCGGCACCAGCGACGCGUACGCGCUGAUCCAGGUGGGCAAGGAGAAGUACGCCACCUCGGUGUCGGAGCGCAGCCUGGGCGCGCCGGUGUGGCGGGAGGAGGCCACUUUCGAGCUGCCGCCGCUGGGGCUGCCAGCUGUGCCCGGGAACGCCGCCACCUUGCAGCUCACCGUGCUGCACCGCGCCCUGCUCGGCCUCGACAAGUUCCUCGGCCGAACCGAAGUGGACCUUCGGGAGCUGCACCGCGACCAGGGCCGACGGAAAACCCAGUGGUAUACUCUGAAAUCAAAACCAGGGAAGAAGGAGAAAGAGCGAGGGGAGAUUGAAGUGGACAUCCAGUUUAUGAGAAACAACAUGACUGCCAGCAUGUUUGACCUGUCUGUGAAGGAUAAGUCCCGUAAUCCGUUUGGGAAACUGAAAGAUAAAAUCAAAGGGAAGCGGCAUGAGGAGCCUUCUGACAGUGCCUCGGCCAUCGUCCCCAGCACAGUGCACACAGUAGACAGUGAUGAUGACUCUCCUACAAAAGACAAGAAGAAGAAAUCAAAGAUCAAAACCUUGUUUUCUAGAUCUAGUUUGCAGAAAACAUCCCUUUCCCAGUCCAUGUCUGUCCUUCCUGUAGCUAAGCCUGAGAAAUUGACACUCCGUCCAGGAGACUUCCAGUCCCAAUGGGAAGAUGAUGUGGAGGAAGAAUCCUCGUCACCCUCCAACAGCAUGUCUCACAGGAGAACAGCAAGUGCAGAUAUCAAGCAGCUAAGUCAGUUAAACUUGACCCUUCCAAAGAAAGAAGGAUUGUCCUUUUUUGGUGGCCUUCGGUCUAAGAAUGACCAGCUCUCCCGAUCUAAUGUGUGUAUCAAUGGGAAUCACAUUUAUCUAGAGCAGCCAGAGCCCAAAAAUGAGGCUGUGACAAAGGACAGCACUCCAUCUUCCUCCCCAUCUCCUCAAGACUUUAGGAAGAAGCAUUUAUUUUCAUCCACAGAAAAUCUGUCUUCCAGACCUUCUAAGGAACCAGGGGAGACAGGGAGGAUGUCUCCAGAAUGGCAACUUUCUGGGUCUCUCCCACAAGAGUCUUUGAAAUCUCUGACUCUGCCAUCCUACAGACCAAUUGUUAGUGGAGAUGUGAAUGUGGCCCCUGUGAGUACGGAAACUGAGAAGGAAAGUAAGGAGAACAAGAAACAGGAGAACAGAAAAUCCUCUCUGCUGUCUUUGGUCACAGGAAAAAAGGAUGCUGUGAAGAACAGUGAAGCCGAAAGCAGCCUUCCUAGUGUCUUGGUGAAGGAAAAGGAGAAGGAAGUCAUGCCUAGGGAAGCCACGGCAAAGGAAAAAGAGGCAGAACUUGUUGAAAUUCCAGUGAAAGACCUUGAUGAGAAGCCUGAAGACUUGUCAGCCUCUGUCUCCAGACAGAGCAAAUCUCCGAGCCCCACUGAGGAGGUGCCCAGGAUGCAAUCCAGAACAGAGCCAGAGCCCGAGCCUGAGCCUAAGCCUAAGCCCAGGCCACCUGCUCUUUCUGCAAGGGGGCCCCAGACCAAAGCUGUCAAACCCAGACUGGGAGUGUCUCCAGAGGCUCAAUCCAAAGCCGAGCUACCUCCUCCUCUUUAUGAUUCUUUUUUCUUUUCUGCCACCACUUCUGGUUCUAGCCUUGAUUCUCUACCUUCUAAAGUGGGGCAAGAGUCAGACACAGAAUCCUCAAAAAACCCUUCUGUCCUUUCCUCUUUCUCACCUCUCACCAUAGAUCCUGUUUCUACCUCUACUCCAAUUGAAAACUGGCCUUUUUCUCAGGAGAGCCCGGCCAGUUCUGAAGGACCUUUCCUUCUUGCAGUGAAAUCUCAGAAAGAGGGUUCAAUUCGAGUUUCAAAUACUUCCUCUGGUUCCCCAGGAUCACUUGAUAAACAUUCUCUGUUGCAUGAAGGAAAUAGAGUCUCUGUUGAAGAGACUGGGGAGAUAGAUGCAGGAAAGAGUAAAGGGAGCAGGGAAUCCUCAAGACCCUCCCUUGAGGUACUAGAAGAUACGAAUGAUAAGCACCUCCCAAAAGAACAAAAAGAAAAGGUCCCAACAUUUCCCCAGGUCAGCCGACCAGAAUAUCUCCCUCCAUCUAAAGACCCCCAACAAAAUAGUACUCUCAUUCAAGACAUAAGUGGGAGUGGAAAGCCUUGGAUGAAAGGGAGUAAAGAAUUUGCAUCUUCUUGUGAGUCAUCUCUGGAAGACCAAGUCAGUGAUCAUGGAGUGGUUUCUGCUAAUGAAGGAGCUGAAUUGCCUCGUAAAAUGGAAGAUUUGGCCACACCAUUUGACUCUGUAGUUGGAAAAAGCAACUUAAGUGGUCUGUAUGAUAGAGAGGGCAGCAAGAAGAUCAAGAAGCGUGUGUCCUUUUCUGAGGAGCUUUUUCUAGAAGAGGAGGUAGAAAAGGAGAAAAACAGACUUAUAGUGCUGAAAUCUAAAGGUGUAGUGAAUGAUACAUUAUUCGACAGCGAACCAGAGGAAAUUGAGAAGAAAAAGAUGACAACUGAACCAAACAGUCUUUCUUCACCGCUCAAAUCAGGAUCGAGGGCUAUUUUUGGACUCAGUCAUGAUGAGCCAGCUUCCCUGACUGACAUCUCUCUCUCCUUUGAUCCACCUGUCCGUAGUGUAUUGAUGCUUGAGUCUCAUGGGAAGCGUUUUUUAGAAGAUCUGACGAGGGAGUCCAGUUCAGAAAAGGCCACUCCAUCGUUCAGGAUUGAGCGAUAUGAAAAUUAUAGUGAGAAUUAUCAGAGCAAAGCCAGUGAUCUCGAAGGCCUGUUGUCCGACCCCUUGAGAAGUCUUGGUUCGGUUUCAGAUCUCAGAUCUCCAGUUAUGGGGGAUCUGAACCUGACACUUCCUUCUAUUCCAGAAGUAACAUCAGAUGAUGAGAGAGUAGAACAGUUGGAAGAUGUCCGAACGACUCCAACCUCAAAGAACCAUCUGGAAAAGGAAACACCGUUUUUCUGCUCUUCAGCCACUUCUUCUGAGGAGGAAAACCUGAGCCCUGAUGCAGGGGUAUCCACAUUGUUUCAUGAGGAACAGAAUGCCCUCCGAAUGGAAAAACCUGAAGAUUUUGUUAACUCUUCCAUAUUGUCUUCAAAGCAGACCACAGCACUGGGUGUUUGCAAACUACACGGUGGGGAAGGCUUAGGUUUAGAUAAAGAUAUCCUAAUCCCUGAGAGUUUGGAGAAGCAGGAAUGGAGGGAGGAGGACAACCAUACUGAGGAAAGUAGGAGUCAAAGGUCAUCUUCCCAGGGCUGUCCUGUUUCGGGUCACUCCCUUUCUGAGAACUUUAAUGCAACACACUCUUUCCCUGGCUCUCUACACUCUGACACUUAUCACACAAAUAGAGCAGAAUCUCCCCAAAAAACAUCAGCAGAAAGCUCGGCUGCUAAAGUUGAAAAUUCUGACAAGACGAAGCAGCUUCUCCGGGCGUGGGUUUCGCCCUCAGAGCCACAUCCAUUCCCAGCUCAGCCAACUGGUGGAACUACUGUGUCUGCCAAGCACAGAACUCAUCCUGUGAAACCAAUGAACACAACAGCAACAAAGACCCCUCCCACCAGUUUGGGUACUGCUACCAUCAUCAGUGAGAACUUGCUUAAUGAGACCAUUAUGAAGAAAUACAAGCCAUCUGAUCCAGAAUUCGCUUAUACUCAGUUAACCCACGACGAGCUGAUCCAGCUGGUCUUGAAACAGAAGGAAACAAUAAGCAAGAAGGAGUUUCAGGUUCGUGAACUGGAGGACUACAUUGACAACUUGCUUGUCAAAGUCAUGGAAGAGACCCCCAACAUCCUCCGCUGUCCAGCGCAAUUAAAGGAUAAAGCAGGGAAGAUGUGAGUCAUGGCAAUAAAGGAAUGAAACGAUUUUUUGUAAGUUUGUUUACACCUCCUUUUGAGGUCGUGGACUUUCAGUAUGUAUGACAACCGGCAAGUAGGAUCUGAAUCUGAAUCACCAAAUAACUCCCUUGUAAGUACUCUGGCAAGAGAGUCUUUUCCACUGACUGAAGGCAGGUUAAUUAUGACAGUGAAUCUCUUAAUGUACAUUCCCAGAAUUUUAUUCAAGACUCUCUCCCUUUAAGUGCAUCAUAAAUAUUUUAUUCAUACUAGGGGCAUAGUAACAAGAUCUAAUCUAUGAGCCAGAGAUUCAGAAGGCAGGGAAACCAUUCGUGCAUUUUUAGCUCUAGGGUUUUCUAACUUUGAUGUUUGGAUUUUUUUCCUUCCUUUCACCCCAGUGUCUAUCUGUGAGUCUUUAUAGCACAAAGUGGACUCAUUUUCUUGAGUUUUAUUAGCUUAGGUAUAGUUCUCCUGGCCUUAGAUGUUAAAUUUUGAUACUUUAACAUUUUUGAUAUUGCUUCUUGGGUUUGCCUCUGGUUAUUCGUUUAACCUUGGCCAGGGUCAUUUAGAGACUACUUUUUUAAAGUGCUCGGGGGUAUGCUAAAUGAGCUGUUUUUUCUGAACACAAACUGCUGGUCUCACAUACCGAGCUUUGACUAGGCCCAUGUGAUCUUUUCCCUGCAGGCCAUGGAAUUAGGAGAUAAAAUGGGGGAAGCCGGUAACACAGCUGUCCUGUACUCCCUCGCAUGUGGUCAGGGAGACUCAGGAAGAGUAACUGGGAUCUUGAUACCAGGCUUCUCCUAGGCAGGAAGAUUAUAGAAUUAUAGAGAGGAAAUUGAGACAGAUGAAACCCUGAGGAGACACUGACAGGUUAAUGCUAACCCUAAAGUCACGUAACUAUUAAGAACCAGAAUUAAAGUCUAGGUCUUAACUCAAAAUCUAAUAUUCUUGCCCUAAUGCCACAUUGCAUACUGAGAGUAUGUUGAUGAUCUGUCUAUCUUCUGUAAGGAUGUGCUUCCUUAAUUCCCACAGUGGCUGCACCCAAUUCUCCAAUUUCCUCAGUAGUCUUAUCUUAAGAAAACAGGGUUUAUGGUGGAGCAUGCCAUUUGGAUCCUAGAGGAUGGGAAACAUAGACCAGUCUCAGGGCCUCCACAGUAAGAGUGUUCCUUGGUCCCACUUGUAAUGAAAUCUGGCUCAUUUCUAAGUGGUUGAGGAAGUUACAGCCUUAAUAUAUUUAGUAAUAAUUUUACAAAGCCAGGAGCAAUCAGAAAUGACCCAGAUGGUUGAUACAUCAAAAUCUGCCCAUAUGCUUCAGUUUGCUGCUGCUCCUUUCUUUUGAUUCCAUGCCAAGGGGAUAAAGAGGGGGAAAGUACAACAGGCAUUCCUGGUAAGAAUUGGAAAAAGCAAGACAAGCAUUCAUUUCUGCAUUCAUAGUUGUUAUGUUAUUUUAAAAACGGAAUAUUUUUUAUAAUCCAAGCACAAAACUAGGUCGUUUAUGCCCUUGUGAAUAUUGAUGCCAUUGGGACAUUUCUUGUAUUGCACAUCUCAGCUCUGAUGUCUUCCUAUGGCAAGUUUUUUGUGGGCCCUUAGUGUGUCAAGGUAGAGACCGAGAGACUAUAGUAAAGGUUGUUCAGUUGGGAAUAAGUUGAGUGUAAAGCUGCUUCUGUUUCAAAGUUCAGAGUCCAUACUGCUUGGAUUGGUGAACAAGAAGGAAAUCUCUCCUCUUUUUUUUAAGGAUUGCUUUUGCUGCAGUAUUUGUUAUAUCAGAGCACUUUAAUUUGAAGGGUGGUACUGUAAUUCCAUUUAGCUAAAUGGCUUUUUUUUUUUAUUAAGUGUGAGUGGGUUUGCCUAAAACUGUUAUAUUUAAUGUUCUACAACACCGGAGACCACUGGAAGCUUCUUUUCAGAUAACUUGUAUUUUGUAGUGAUGCAAAAUAUAUUUAUAUACACACACAUAAGAAUCUAUCGUCUUUUGAAUUAUGAAAAUGUAUAUGUAUAUAUUUGUUCUUUAUUUUGUUUCUUACUUUAUAUAAAACUUAUUUUUUACUGUGAUGACCCAAGUGUGCUAGAAAACCUGAGGCAAGUUUGUUUUGCAGGAUUUCUUUUUUUUUUUAAGAAGCAACUGGUAUGGAGACGUUCAGUACUCCUCAUGAUAGAUGAUUGGUUUGAUAAUCUUUCUUGCUAGGACCUCAGGUAUGUAAUGGCACAAUUAGUAUUUGAGUGAGACAACUUCAGAGGAGGGAAAUGGACCCAACUGCUACUUGGGGAUUGAGAAGGAGAAUGAAGGCGUGUUUGGUUCAAGUGCCUCUAACUCCCCAGCACUGCUGGGAAAAAACUCAUUCUGUAGCUUUACCUCACUAAGCAGUAGUUUGGAGAUUGCCCGAGGAUCUCUUCUAUUUAAUUUACACGUUGGAAAAGCCUUAACUUUUUUUGAGCCAUUAGCAGAGUUUGGCAAAUUUAUAAAAACUGACUGUAUCCAGUUUCUGGGCAAGCCUCAGGGGCUUUUAAAUAAACCAGUAGAAGAAUGGGGACUUGCCUCCAAGCUGUGUUUUAAAUGGCAGCCUAAUUGGUAUCUAGACAGAGAUGUGUUCUACAUAUCUCAGUGGCAGGAGCUCUGCUGUAUUUGACAGUGCCCUGACCACCUCUUGAAAGGAACCAGUGCCUUUUAAGCAUCAAAUUCAUUUCGAGAGUCAGACCCCUACAGUGUCAAACCUCUGCCCAGAGAAUUUCUUAUGCCAUGUGGUACCUUAGAUAUCUUAAACUGGGCUUCCCCCUUCUGUUUACCAUUUUAUUUGGGUGCUCUUUCAGGACACAGUAGAAGGGAGGAAAAGAAAAAAAAUCUUCCCAGGCUGAUGGUGAGAAAGAGAGAGAAUGAUAGAAUAUGAAAGACAAAAAUGGAGGGAGGGAAGGGAGGAAGAGACAGAGACAGAAAAGAAAGUCCCAGGAGUGGGGACUAUCCAAAAAUUCCACAACUAUGAAGGAUUCUUAGCCGGUAGGAAGAUGCAUAUUGAAGUUAUGGAGGAUCUAAUUCAUUUUCUCAGUCACUGAUUAAGUCGAUGCUGCCUCCAGGGCUGAAGGAUUCCUGGCACUAAGCUGAGAAGCUAAUCUAGGUCAUGGGGGAUUUAUUACCAAAUCUCACUUUGGGUAUGGUUUCUCAGUCUGCUGUAGAGGUUGUUUGUGAAAUGAAAACAAAAUGUUGAAGGAUCACCUGGUGUCUUUGGAUUAUAUUAUGUUUGUGUUUGAUAUUUCCUGCAUUGUUACUUUGGGACCUUUGGAUUUCUUUGACUUUGUUUUAAGAAGUGAAAUCUCUGAGAACACUAAAUAAAAUGAUCCUGUUCUAA